AUGUAUCGCGACAAAUUGGCUUUCGAACUCUUCAUCGAGAAGAUGUGGAACGCAAUCGGUAUCAGCAUCACCGAGCUCGUCAAUGACACUUGGCUCGAAGUCCUCAUUCUUGACCUGGUCGGCCAACUCGCCAUCGUCGUAGUGAUUGCUUCGAUACUCGCUCUCUGCGUGGGACGCGUCGACUUCAUCGGGAAUGUUUUUGCGAGUACGGGUCUUAGGAACUUCGCCCCUUCCCACGGCGCGCCUAUCCAGGGUAGCGGUGGAGGCGCGAAUGGCGGCAACACUUCGGACGACAUAUACCAAGGAGACGCCGCUGACCACGACGAUGAUCCGCAUGACGGGCACAAUAAAGAGGGUGCAAAGCUCACAAACUGGCACCGGGAAGUGCACCUUACCUCGACACCAACGAAAGCUCCAUCCAUAGUGCCUCGUGCGCAGCCUCAGCAGGACUCCAGCAUGCUCGUCGAACACGAUGUAAACACUCUAGACCUCCUCAAAUAUCAGACGCCCCUUCGACAGACCGGCCAUGCGACAAAUGAGGGAGACACGGACACGAUAAGGAAGAGGAAGGAGCAGUUGGACCGGCUUAGGAUGUGGUCGUAG